UGAGAUGGGAGGAAUGAAAGCCGAGGGCGAAAGUGGGGGCAGCCCAACCAGGCGCGGCGGGCUGCUACUACUGCUGUUGCUACUGCUGUCCGAGUUCGGUUCCUUGACCAAUCCACCGCCAUCCACUGUAUCUCUCCUCAAGAAAGUCGACACAGAAUGCCUGCUGAACAGCUUGCUGGUCAUCCCAUUGCUAUCCGUGUUGGUGGCAGGCGCAUGAGUCAAAGCAAUCCACCCGUCCGCAGUCCCUCCAACAAGUCCCAGGUCAGCCAAUCGCCCUCAGCAUCGCCAGAGGAUCGCAACGCCUCGACGGGUCGCGAGCCCGUGCCCGACUACCCACGUCCUGCUGGCCCCCCAAGUGCGAGUCCAAAGGAGACGGAGCCCCAGGCUACGGCCGCGGCCACGGCCACAGCCGUGCCCACGCUGGAGCGCGAACGCGAGGAGGAAAAGGAAGAAGCCCGCCGCAACGAGCCUCGCAAUCGCCAGGAGCGUCGUCGCCAGGAGCGCAACAAGAAGACGAACGACGAGGACGGUGGCGGCCAUAGGAGGCAGCUCUCGUACGAAGGCAACAAGCUGUGGCAGGACCCCAAGCAACACAGUCUCAAGACGGCCAAGGACAACCUCAAGAGGACCACCAUCGGCACGGCCGGUACGAGGAUUACGCAGCCCGUUGGAAAGGGACUGGCCUGAGAUAAGGAUACGCCACGGCUAUUGGGAUCCAAGAGUCAAUGCAUAGCAGAAGACCCUCUUGAAGACAGUUUCGAGCAAUUCAAUAAUAAUCAUCUAUGUCAUGAAGCUGGCAGGGCAAAGCGCUAUGACCUUGGUCCAGGCCUACCUACGUUUACAUUUGCUUGCUUGC